UAAAAAAACGACGCCUGACGCCUGUACCGCUGCGUUGGUCGAGUGUGAAAAACGUACAGUGCGCAGCAGGUCCACGGGCACCGGCUAGACCCGACAGCAGCUGUGUGUACGUUCUAUUUUUGUUAAUAUUCGUAUGUCAGACUUCCGAACCGUCGCACGCCGCUCUCGUGACCGACCAAACGGCGAUUAUACACACACAAUAUAAUUACACAAGAAUAGUAUACCAGAUACCGCAAACCGUGUACAAUAUUCUUCGCCGAUAAUUUUGUCGUAUUAUAAUAAUAUUGUUUUAUUCUAUUGUAUUGCGCAAGUUCGUUCCGCGUAUCCGUCUCCGCGUGCGUCCGAUCAGACCGGCUCCACGGAACACUUUGGAUGGCAGUGCACCAUGGGCAAUUCGUCUUCGUCGCACGGCAAACUGCAUAAAUUGCAGUACAAUGGUGCGGCUAGUUCGCGAGACCAUCUGUCGUCGUCAUCGUCUUCUGAGAGAUUCACUUCCGGCCCGCCAUCCGCGCCAGGAAAACCGUACCUUGUGGUCGCAGAUCCGGCGGACGAACCGGAUGUGAUAACAGUCAAGUGGAAACCACCGGCUCGCGACUGCGGUUCGAAAAUCACAGGAUAUAUUGUCGAGCAUCGUCGGACCAUUUCGCCUCAUUGGGUCAAAGCCACGCCGGGAAAAGUUCUACACAAUCAGUUGACGUUGAGUGGCCUCGAACCAGGAUGGCGUUAUCAAUUCAGAGUAAAAGCCAUCAACGCAUUCGGACAAUCGCCACCGAGCAUCGUUUCAGAUCCGGUCACGAUGACUGUUCACAGGACGGCAGUCGUGGCACCGGUUUUCGUUUGUGGAAUAGAAGACCGCGUAGCGUUAGAAAACGAUCAGGUAAAAUUCGAAGUGGAGUUUGAGGGCACGCCGACGCCGAAAAUCAGUUGGUACAAAGAUGGAUUUGAACUGUUCAGCAAUAGACGACAAAGGGUGAACACUGAUAAUGGCAUGAGUACAUUAUACAUCCAUCAGGCUGAGUAUUCGGACGAAGGAGAAAUAAAAUGUUCAGCUACAAACAGAGCUGGUCACGCUAUAACUAAGGCUAGAUUGAGACUCGAAGCACCACCCAUGGUUCGUUUACCACAAGACUAUGAAGAUGGCUUACUCUUAGAACAAAAUGAACCAAUGAGAUUAAAAGUAUCAGUUUCCGGGCGCCCGUUACCACAAGUUACUUGGAUUCACGAUGGCGAAGAAAUACGGGGUGGUGAUAGGUUUGAAGUAAUUCAUACAGAUAAAUAUGCCGCUUUAAAAUUAGCAUGUGUUAAGAGAUCAGAUAGAGGGUGCUAUCAAAUUCAAGCAGUAAACCCGUUGGGUGAACAUAUGGCUUCAUUUUUGGUUACUGUAACGGAUAGACCUUCACAGCCAGGUAAAGUGCAUGUAUCAAAAACGUCAGGUAAAUCUGUAACACUCUCCUGGAAGCCACCAGAAGAUGACGGAGGCUGUAAAAUUGGAAAUUAUAUAAUUGAGUAUAAUAGAGUUGGAUGGGAUAUGUGGUUAAAAGCGUCAACCAGUAGACAACUUACAGCAGAUCUUGACGAUUUACUCGAAGGUUCAGAGUACAGAUUUCGAGUAAAAGCAGAAAAUCCAUAUGGUAUGAGUCUACCGAGCGAAGUUUCUGAACCAAUAUUCUUACCAGAUAUCAAACGAGGUAUAUACAAGCCAGUUGACAAAGUACCUCUUUUGUUCGAAGAUGAAGAAAAGUUAAUAAAAAUUCAAGAAACGGAAAUGUUAGAAAAUUUUGGUCGUAAAUCGAAAUCUCCGGAACCGUUGUCUAAAGCGAGGAAAUUAAGCGUAGAUGAGGUUUCGCCUCCUGUACCAAAGAGACGGAAAAAAAAGUCAAAGACUGAUUUAAAUAACUCAGAGGUGGAUAUUUAUAAAUCUUUUAGUUUUUUAGACAAAUCUAUUGAGACAUUUCAACAACCAAUUGAACAAAAGGACCAUUGGGGUUUACCUCCUGGGUUAAAGACAAAUAAUGGUAGGAUAAGUAAUGAAGAUUUAAUGAACUCUCAAACAAAAUCAAUGAAUUGUAAAAUAAAAAGAAAUUCAACAGACUCUCUUUCACAAUUAAAUUUCGAACGAGGGUCAGCUCCACCCAUUUCAUUAUCAUCUCCAGAAUUAGGCGCAGAGUUUGAAGGUUUUGAAGAACAGAUAAGGAACUCUUACAGUUCUAGUGAACUUCUCUAUGAACGGAACUUAAAUAGGUUCAAUGGUUAUUCAGAAAAUGAAAAUUUGUCAUCCGAAGCUCAAAAAAUUGCGAUUUAUGCUAUGGAUAGGAAAAAUAGUUUAAGGCGAUCGCCUAUCACUAGAAGAUCAAAUGAUGGUUCCGAAGAAAAAUCAAUUUUUAGUGAUUCAGAUUCAGUUCAUAGUGUCAUCGAUAUUUCUAAAAAAUUAAAUGCAAGUAGUUUUAUGUCAUUAGCGAACAGUAUAGAAGAAGAAAUCUCAGAAAACAUUAAAGAAACAAUUGACGAUGACGAAACGGAACAGUCUACUUCGUUAUCUGGUGUAGAAUCUGAAAUGUCAGUAGAAUCAGACGAUGAUUAUAGUAUGUCAGACAGGUCGGAAGAAAAGUUUACCAACUUUGGAAGUGGAAAACGAGCGUUAGAACACAAUACGUCGAGCGCCUUCUUUUCAACAGUAUAUUAUGACGAUGAUUACAUGUCAGAUCAGAAACUAUCGGACAAGGAACGAUCAAAAUCACCUGCCCAACGGGUAGAAAAUGUCGACGAAGAACCAUCGACUUCGGCUACCAAAAGUUCUGAAAAUUUCGAUCGAAGACUGUCGCUGACGAAGUCAACACCGCAGUCCGCAGAAGAGACGUCGGAACAGUCUGACUCGAUGUCUCAAGACUCAUUAAAUUAUUCUAAUGGGUCGGUUGAUAGCAAUGAAUACUCUCGACCGGACGAGAACAAAUCGGACACAGCUGAGAUAACCACGAUAGAGACACUAGUGGAUAGUACUUAUAGACCAAGAGACGGGAUCCCCAAGUACGUAAUGUUACCAAAUCCAUUCUACAAGGAAAAUUAUGCUGUGUCUGAGAAUACAGACAUGGUGAAGUUUAGAUUAUCGUCAGAUACAACCGGUAUCGUACCACCCGAAAUACCGAAAAGGGAACUUGGCAUUGGUAGUGGUAUCAGACAGACGCUUCCAGUCAUUACAGUCACGGAGAUGAACGAUUGUAGCCCCAAGUCUGUGCUAAAGAAGAUUUUCAUACCACCGUUUUUAAGCAAACAAUCAAACGGGCCUGACCGUGAUAAAUAUGAUGACCACGUGUCUCGGAAGAAGUCUCCGAUGCGAGAUUCGAAAAAUGUCUGUGCAGCCAGUAACGGAGGAGAUACGAUUCAAAUUCCAGUCACUACUGCCGAUACUGGUACCGAAGACAACUCUGACUGUUGCACUGACUCUGAUGCCACUGCUGCCGCCGAAAUGAUUGCGGUUAGACAUUACGGUGACAUUGUAGAACAGUACAGUGGAGUGAGUAGGAAACCUGCAGCCAAAACAUAUUUGGACUUCGAACAGUUGAAAAUGGCUGCUGCCAUAGAAAAUUGUGACGAACCAGUCGUUACAUUUGAAGCUGGGUUGCGAGACAACUAUGAAGACGAUAACGACAACGACAUCGACGAAGAUUGUGCGAAUGAUGAAUACUUUGACGAUACCGGUGAUUUUUCAUUGGCUACAAUGUCCGAACAACCGGAAGUCAUUGAAAAUCCGGCGACGUCCAUAGAAUGGCUGUCGGCCGUUGUGCUACAUCAGCCGAAUGUGCCCGAGCCCAACGCGAUUCCGUAUUUGAAGAUAUUCGGCAACCUGUCAUUGGCCUUGUUCGGCUAUUGGCUAUACAUGUGUAAGGACGAGAAAUUGUCCGUACCGGUUUUUGGUUUUUUGUUAUUCAGAUUCUUCAAGACACAAAUCUGGGACAGGAUUUGAUUUUAUGUUGAUUUUUGUAUAUAUAUAAAUAUAUAUAUACAUUGAACUUUGAACUUUCAUAGGCCGAGAUAUACACACGGCUCUGAUAAGUGCUAUAUGGAAAAAGACAACGUUCCAUAAUAUGCUAUAUGUCCAUAAUGUUUAAAAUUUAAACAUGUUUAAUCUCAAUAUUUAUAUUAUUUUAUUGUUAAUUA